CAAGUUUCUGUGGAGUGUUAUCAUGAAUUUGAAGAAGGGUUGCUCGUUAAUCUUGAAAACCCAGAAGCGUAUGUUACCUUUUAUCCUCAAUACUAGCCAAAUUCUUCAUCGUAAAAAAGAAUCUGUCCCUGAUGCAAGAAGAGAAUCUGAAGUUUUGAAGAGGUUGAAACAAGAGAGAGACAUCACAGUGGCUUUAGAAUACUUCAAGUCCAUAACUAACUCUAAAGUUUUCAAACACUCUCAGCGUACGUAUCAAGCUAUGAUCGAGAAGCUCGGGGAGGAGAAGCUCAUGGAUUGCAUUCAGUACCUCCUACAGCAAAUGAAGUUAGAGGGAAUCAACUGCUCGGAAGAAAUAUUCAUCAACGUGAUCGAUUCUUACAGUCAAGCUGGGGCAGCUGAGCAAGCUCUGAAAACAUUUUAUCGGAUUCAAGAUUUCGGUUGCAAACCAACUGUCAAAAUCUACAAUCAUCUCUUGGAUGCCCUGCUUAACGAGAACAGAUUUCAGACGAUCAACCCUAUCUACAAUAACAUGAAGAAAGAUGGAAUAGAGCCUAACGUCUUCACGUAUAACAUUCUUCUCAAGGCGUUGUGCAAGAAUAAUCGUGUUGACGCAGCUCAAAAAUUGCUUGUUGAGAUGUCAAACAAGGGCUGCCCUCCUGAUGCUGUGAGCUGCACUACCAUUGUAUCCACGCUCUGUAGGCUUGGUAAGGUGAACCAAGCAAGGGAGCUUGCCACUGGAUUCACUCCAGUUGUGCCUGUUUAUAAUGCUCUCAUCAGUGGGUUAUGCCGGGAAAACAAAAUACAAGAUGCUUUACUCUUGGUCAAUGAAAUGUUGAAUAGGAGAAUUCACCCUAAUGUCAUCACAUACACGACAAUCAUAAAUGGUCUGUGUGAUGUUGGGGCUGUUGAGCUGUCACUUGCUGUGUUUGCACAAAUGUUUGUUAGAGGAUAUCAUCCGAAUGUUCAUACUUUUACUUCGUUGUUGAAGGGGUUUUUCAUUAGAGGAGAAGUGUACGAAGCUCUCCAGGUGUGGAACUGGAUUGUUAGAGAGGGAUGUCAGCCCAAUAUCGUGGCAUAUAACACACUAAUUCAUGGUCUUUGCUGUAAUGAGAAUCCCAGUAGGGCUCUGUCUGUUUUCUAUCUAAUGGAGGAAAAUGGCUGCCUCCCGAACGUGACAACCUAUGCUAUUCUUAUUGACUGCUUCUCGAAAGGUGGAGACUUGGAGGCCGCAACAGAGACUUGGAACAGGAUGAUAAACAGUGGUUGCCACCCAAAUGUUGUGGUGUACACCUGCAUGGUGGAUGUCCUUUGUAGGCAUUCCAUGUUUAAUCAAGCGCAGUGCCUUAUUGAGAAAAUGUCACUGGAGGAUUGCCAACCGAAUACAGUAACCUUUAAUGUAUUUAUCAAAGGACUGUGUAGCAAUGGAAGAGUAGCUUGGGCAAUGAAGGUCUUUGAUGAAAUGGAAAGACAAGGGUGUUUGCCUAAUACUGCAACCUACAAUGAGCUUCUAGAUUGUCUCUACAGAGGAGGAAAUGUCAGAGAAGCCUAUAUGCUUGUUGAAGAGAUGUCUGAAAAGGAUAUCGAGAUGAACCUAGCGACUUAUAACAUUAUUAUCAAUGGACUUUGCCGUGUUGGUGUAGUGGAGGAGGUACUGCAGUUCUUGGGGAAGAUGGUUGUUAAGGGAAUUAAGCCCAACUCAAUCACAUUUAACAUAAUCAUCAAUGGUUAUUGCAAGAGAGGUCAAGUUGAGACUGCUGUUCAACUUAUGGAUGGAAUGAUUGCAGAAGGUUGCCGCCCAAACUUAGUUACAUACACUAGUGUGAUACAUGGUCUUUGUGAAUGGUUUGGUUUAGAAGAAGCCAUGGUUUAUCUUAAUAGGAUGAUGAACGAAGGCCUUUCCCCCAAUGUUGCCACAUGGAAUGUUUUGGUGAGCUGCUAUUUCGGCAAGACUGGGUCCUUGAGGUCAAUCCACUUGCUAGAAGAUGUCUUGGGUACUGGCUCAGACAAAAGGACUUCUAACAUUAUUAGCAUUCAUUGGUGAAGAUAAAUGUGAUUUUAGGAAUUGAAACUGAGUCCUUGAAAUGACACCUGUUUGUGAGGAAGCUACUGAUCCCAGUUACCUCUCACAGUUGGGCCCCAGAUAUUGCUGGGGGAAAACAAGAUUUCAUGGUUUGUUUGCUGAAUGCAAUAUUUAUUACUUGCUUGGUGUGCAAUACAGUGAGGGCUCUACUGAUCGGUGAGAAUUUUCCACUACAGAUAGAGGUCUUGAUGGGACCCUGGUGCCAAUAUAUCUUCCAAGCAGUAUGGAGAAGAUGGAGUGUUAGAUGCUGAGGAGCUUCUGGAGAUUGGAGAGUUGAAGCACAGAAGAAGAUUUGCAUUAGUACACUCACUAGUUCAAGAUGAUUGAAGCUCUGGAACCAAAAGAGAUGAAGUAUAAGAACCAAGAUGGAGAGGUAGAAAAUGAGUAGCCCUAUCAGUUCGAA